AUGUUCUUGGACCAGCUCAGCUUGCACUACGAGCUGGAUUUUGGGACAGUGCUCACUGGAACCAGCAUUUUGCAGCAAACCAAGCCUAGAGCCGAGAGCGAGUUGGACAUGAACGUCAGGUCUGCCUGGACUACGCCAAUGAGCAAGAAGGGAUCCCUUGUACUAAAGCAGUUGUCUUCCAAACACAACCUGACUGACGACGAUGACAGAGAGACACGGACUUCAUUAGCGAGCCGCAGUGAAGGGGAAAGUCGUUUCGACCGCAUCGUCCUACAUCCCUACAAAUACUGUCGAGUGUCGUGGGGAUUGCUCACUCUCCUGGUUGUGGCAUGGGAGGCGGUCGCUAUGCCGUUGCUGUUGUUUGACCUCGGACAGUUUAGUGGUAUCUUGAGCAGCCUCACCAGCGCCAUGCUUGGCUUCUGGUUGGUGGAUAUUUGCAUCAACUGCAUCACCGGCGUUGAUCGUGGAGGUGUUAUUGAUCUCCGUUUGACAACAGCCUUUCGCGCGUAUGCAACAUCCUGGUUGUUGCCAGAUCUACUGAUCGUUCUUCUUGAUGUUGUGGUUCUACUGGCUGUCUCAGAAGAUCAAGGAGAGAUGGCCACAUCCGCAGGAAGUCAGGGGAUGAGGCUUGCGCGUGCCUUGCGGCUGCUCCGCCUGAUUCGGCUUCUGCGAAUAUAUAAAGCAUCCUCGGCGGCAAAUUUCUUGGUCGACUACAUUCGCUCGCCUUCCUUGUUGAUUGCUUCUAAAAUUGCCUGGACACUGCUCACGAUUCUUUUCAUCAACCACUACAUUGCCUGCGGUUGGUGCGCUAUAGCCUAUUUUAAUGUUGACGCAUGGACGUGGAUUGUUGCAUCGAACCUGGAGGCAGCAACUUUCACCGAGUUGUAUCUGUCUUCCUUGCACUGGAGUCUGACCCAGUUCUCGCCAGCUACCAACAAUAUAGCCCCACAGAACGUCCUCGAGCGCAGUGUGGCAGCCUUUGUGGUUAUCUUCGCGCUUUUGGUUUUCUCCUCUUUUGUAAGCAGUAUUACAAACCACAUGAAUCAAUUGCGCAUCACUAACGCGCGCAUGAUCGAGGAGGAUAUGCAGUUGAGGAAUUUCUUCGAAAAAAGGAUGAUUUCGGUGGACUUGAGCGGUCGAAUCCAGCACCUGUUCAAGAAGGGAAAUGGCCUUCACAUGAGGCGGCCGCACGUUGGAGACAUUCCGUUCCUGAAGGACAUGCCAGAAAGUCUGCGGAUACAUCUUCACAAUGAGCUAUACAUGCAGUAUUUCUAUGACAUGCCGGUCUUCAGCAAGACUAUCUCGAUGGACCGGACACUCUUUUCCAAGAUCUGCCACCACGCCUUCGAGGAGCGAUUUUACCCUGCAUCUUUCGAAGUCUUCGUGGAUGGUAGCAACGCAAAGUUUGCAGUCAUCAACGUGAAUGGCGACUUGAACUACUCCUGGAUGCAGAGCGCCUGGGAUCCCCACCCUUCGGUAAGAGCCAUCUCUCACGCAACCACCAUGAUCAAGGUGCCGCUGGGUGCUUGGCUGGCUGAGGCAGCACUCUGGAGCGAUUGGGUCCAUCGUGGCCUGCUUGAGUCCGUCUCGCCAAGUGAGGUUCUUCUGCUGGACGUCAACAGUUUCACCUACCAGUGCCACAACCACGGCGGGCCCGUGUACAACCUCCUGAGGAGGGUGGCAGUUCUCGCAAUUGCGUACCGUGAGCAGCUGAGCCGGAGUGCCACGGCAGUUACGGACUGGCCCUUGAGCGAACUUGCCUGGAAGAACAUCCUUGAGCGAGCCAUGAAGUUGAAUACGAUGAACACGGUGAUCAAUGCCAUGACACGAGUAUCGCUGAAGCGACCUACGUGA